AUGUCCGAUAAUAGCCAACACCAGGAAGAAGAUUCGAAAAUAGAGUAUUCUCAAUGUUCAUUUGACGAUCCAGUAUGGUCGAUCUUACCUUCAUAUACUAUGUUUACGGAAACUGUGAAUAAAAACCUUCACGUUAUUGAUCCUCUAAACAAUUCCGCAGACGGAUAUCGUUUCGAUUUACCAAGUUAUGAAUUAAGCAGUACUCAAGCUAAUUUAGGUUUUGCAGCUCCCAAUCAACCGCGUCCUUAUCAAUUGAAUAGACCUUCGAGUCCUUCAUUAUUACUGUCUCUUUCCAAUGACUCUUCAACUAGUUCAUCUCAUGGAGAUUCAAUCAUGUCGACACAUGGCCGUGGUUCUGGUUCUGGUUCUGGUUCUAAUUCAACCAUUAAUCAAGUCAUUGUGGCUGAUGAAACAACUUGUGAUUGGCAGGAAACGAUUUUAGAUAAUAUUCAUAAAAUGAAGAAUAUGACAUUCUCAACUAAUCCAAUAGCAAAUAACAUUGAUAUUAAAGUUCAUUUUACUAAAGAUGUAGGUGUCAUUGGUAAGAAACCGGUAGAGAUAGAUCCUUCCCUUUAUGAAUAUAAACAAGGAGACUAUAUUAAUGGGUAUGUAUUGAUUAAAUCUUCUAAUGAUAAACCAAUAUUUUUCGAGAUGUUCUAUCUCUUGUUUGAAGGAACUUUUAUUGUUCAAGAUCCAAAUUUAACCUUCAAACAUGCAGUUAAGGUUAAAAAGUUCUUAGAAAUGUUCGAUUUUUCAGGUAGUUGGAAUGAGGCUCAUAUUAAUCGGUUAGUUACAGAUAAUCACAACAUAUAUGAUUGUCCUUUAUUGGAGGAUCCUGUUGAUGGAUCUAAUCUUUCCUUCAGUCCUGAUAAAAUUAUCAAACCUAAUAAUUUAUAUAAGCGUUUCUUCACAUUCAAAAUUCCUAACAAUUUAUUAGAUACUGAAUGUAAUGAUCAUAAUUUAUCUGGUCAUACUCAAUUGCCUCCAACAAUUGGCUUAUCAAAUUAUGAAAAGAGAUUAUAUCCUAUUAAUGCAACUGUUAAAAUUAAGGAUUUCUCAAUGAUAGAUACUUCUAUAAGUUAUGGAGUAUUGGCUAGAUUUAUUGGUAGAAGAUCAAUAUAUGAUGUUAAGGAUUCUCAAUUUGAAGAUAAGGUGGAUACUAGAUUAAUUAAUUCUACUGGUGAUGAGUAUGUAAUCUUAAAGGAAUCUUCUAGUUUCGUCAGAAUUUUACAACAAUCAAGAAGAUACAAUACAGUUAAUGAAAGAUCUUUAAAAUUCACUGAAGAUAAAAUUAUGUAUGACAAUUUCUUGUCUCGUAUCAAAGAUAAGAUUGAACUUGGUGAUCAAUUAGUUGAAGCCCUUCAGAAUGAUCAAUUAGAUUCAUCAAUUGAAAUAUCGAAAAGGAUAAGUGAAACUGAACUAGAGUUUGCUAAAGCUAAGCAAAAGUACGUUCAAGGAUUUCAUCGUGAUAUUAAGCAGACUUAUGAAUCAUGCAAAAAAUGUGAAUCAUACGAGAUAUUUCAACCACUAUAUAAAAAAUCAAGUUUGAUUUCAUCUAAGAAAGUUAUGGGUACGCUUCAGUUAUCGACCCCAAAGCAGGAAUUUGCCGUCACUUAUAUUCCUCCUCCAAAAUUUAGAAAAUUCUCUCCAAUCACCCAAGAGGAUUUGAACACAUGGCACUUAGAAAUUCCAAUUGAUUUAUCAAUUACAUUUCCUACUGCUCCUGAUUCAGUUAAGAAAUUACCAGAUAUAAAAAUGUUACAAGCCGAGUUGGUUGUGCUAACCAUUAAAUCUGAAAAACUGGCCAUACCAAUAGAAUUCAAUCAUGAUUUGAUCUUUAAUAAGACAGAAUUGAACCCUAAAGCACCUUUUAUUGAUGAAGAUACAUUUACGAAUAAUGUCAUUAAGCCAUUACAAAAAUCGUCUACUAGGUUGUAUAAUUUAAUUAUGACUUUGGGUGUUGAUAAUUUUAGAAUUGAAAAGCAAUUAAUUGACGACAUUAAAGCUGUUUGUCAAUUGAAUGAAAAAUAUAUUAAUUUAGAUAUUCAUGACACUAAAAUUAUUGAUAGAACUAACACCAAAUCCCCAGGUAAGGACAACACUAAUCCAAGUUUGAUAUCUUGGAAACAAGAUAAUGAUACUUCCUUUUCAAAAUCAUUUACUUUAAAGCUUAAUUUGGAAACUUGCAGGUUAAAAACUCCAGACUCCAAAAAGGAUGUUGGAGUCAAGGCUUAUGAUGAGUUUCAUUUGGUUCCUAAUUUCCAGUAUUGUUACAUGGCAAGAUUAUAUUACAUUAAAGUCACGCUUGUAUUGUCUAAUGGUGAUUAUGUCAGAGUUAAGAUUCCUGUUUCAAUUCAAAAGUGA